AUGGUAUCCGUGGAUGUCUGGCAGGGAAUCGACCGUUUGGCAUUUCACGAAAAUGCCAUUCUACUCGAUGUAAAAGUACGAUCUCAAGGCGAUCCCAUCAGAUCUGCCAUUCACAACCACGACCAUGUUGAAUCUCAAGAUGGCCUUACCCCUCAGAUUAUAUGCGACGUCCUCGAUGACUUUGCACUUGUGUUAUCUGGCAGUGGUGGGAAGGACAACGUUUCUGCGGCCUGCAUGGAAUAUGAUGAAGAGCUUCGUACAAUCACUCUUCGCAUCUCAAGCAACGAUGGCAUUGAGAGACUAAAGCACGCAGAUCUACAGAGACUUCUGCAAUUGAUCACAAAUGUUUUUGGUCCAAACACUGAAAUGCGAAGGGAAGAAGUGCUGAUCUUCAUCCUACAACAGUGCGCUACCUCAUUUGUGAAACAUGUGAAUAAAUUCAUGAAUGAACUCAAACAGGCCCAAUGUCCAGGCACACACCUACGGUUCCCUGCCUUUUCCCUUCAUGACCGCACCGCUGAGUCGGCAACCGAUAUAGACCACCUGGGACCUUAUAAUCACGACAGCCACCAAGCAUACAUGCGGCUUAGUUCCGAACGACUGCAAAAUCUGCGAAAGAUCUCUGGUAAUUUGACCACCUCAGGAAUUCAAUCAGACGUUUCAGAAAUGGGGCGGUUGGCCAAAGCAGCCUAUGAUGUCCAGCUAUCCAGCUCAUUCUAUCAUUUUUUGCGCUACAACCUUCUUGCCAGUAAGAAACCAAUGGCUGUGCAGUUGAUGGCUCAAAGUCUGAAAGAGCGGUUAGGGAAGAUGUCAAGAUAUUGGAGAGCUGCAAAGACUCUGACGGCGUUUGGAUCGGCAAUGAUAAUCCACGACUUUACAGUCAAUCUUUUGUGUCUGCCUACUUCCAGACAGCCGGUCCGGGAGAUUUGCAGGCGGACCCCUGCGCAGCUGCGAAGUCGCGGUGGCCUACACUUCCAGUCGUGCAACAAUGGGCAGCUGCAAGGAAAACUUGAACAAUGGCAGAGCUAUCGCCUACAUUGUGAGAUGCAGCUUGUCGUCUUCUACGAGGAAAAUCCACAUCUGCAGCUGCGAAGUCAUUACAUCGGUUGCAAUAAACUGGCAUGUUACCUGUGUUAUAACUUUAUCACCAACCACGGACAAUUUCAGGUCAAAGGAUGCCACCAGGGGCUGUACUCGUUGUGGACAGUGCCCCUCACCAUUAACUUUGCGACGCAUGAACGAGCAAGCGAAUUCAGCAGUGCGUUGAGACAACUGGCCCAUAUCCUCGAAAACAAGGUAGAUUUGAUUCGCAGGGCGUCCAAGUCACAGUGGAAAUAUAGGACAAAUAAUGAAUCCACAGCCAAUCUUUCUCGUAUAUCCCUCCAGUGGCCAAGUUUAAGAGGAGCAACCACCAAAGCUACAACUGAGGUUUCCGCUAUCAAUGAAUCUAGACUGCUGUCCCAGCCAAGAAACCAGAGCAGAAGACAUGAUUCCAGCGAACGGUAUCGGAACAAUCUGGAAACCCCUCCUUCGACAAACAUCACGGGAGAUAGAUUAGCAAUGCAACCAGCUCAAUAUCCAACGCUGGAUCGUGUACCGGUUGUGGUAGCCAGCACUACCCAAACUCGCGGCAACACCGGAACUGACAUAGAUGUGCAGCCAACGUGGAACCUCGGCGCCACUUUGCCGGCUCCAAGAGAAUGCAGAAAUCUGUCCACAGCGGCGAUCACCUCGCCAGUACCUCCCUUGUUGCACAUCGAGAUAAGCAAGAACGAUACUUCGAUGGUUCCGCGGUCUCAAGACAACGCACCCGCGACAGCUUCACAAGAGAUCGGACGAUCGCCUCUGUCACUACCGUUGGACUCAACAAGCCUUGUACCGCAGAUGUCUUCCUCGAAGGAAGAGAAUUACUCGCAGUGCCAGGAUGAACAGGGAGAAGAAGAAACCAGCUCACCUGGACAGAGACAGGCGCAGGUUCGACUAUCCACGGAUCUCGUUUAUGAGCAGAAUUAUCAUUCCGCACAUAUCAUUGGAGAUCAUGAAAGUCGAACCUCCGACAUGCCGUCCAAGCAUGGCACGCGGGAAGAACAAACGACUGGUCAAUUCCGCAUGCCAUGUUUGAACGGCAUGAGUCGAACAUUCGACUUUCAUGAAAUGGUGUUCAAGACCGCAGAGAUCGACAGCUAA